AUGCUGACAGACGAGGAAAUCAAACAAAAACAAGCUCGAAUCAAAGAGAGUCGCGAACUGCGACGUGCUCUGAUCGAUGAUCGUCAUAUGCAUUUGGUGGCCAUUUUGGAAUUGUAUUUCCGAUUCGAUGCUCCGACUAUUUGUGACUGGUUGUUGGACAAUCAACAAUUAGAAGCGAUGCAAGAAUUUUUUGAGAAAGGCAAAAGCAAGGUGUUAUUUGUCAUAAGUGCCGAUUUCGGAUUUAAUGCAGUGAAAUCCAGUUUGAUCGGCUGGGCAUCGGCUAUAUCCCCAAGCAACCAAUCCAUACGGUCCAAAAAUCAAAUCGGCUGUUCACCUGCUUUUCUCAAUGAUCUGAGCAAUCGCCAUCCGGAAUUUUUGAACAGUUUGGAAGAGAGUGCCUCUCACUGGAUGCGACAAAUUGAUGAAGAAGUUAAAGAGAUCGAAUUGCUCCGAGUUGAACGAGAACAAAAUGGUCCGCAUGGUGAAUUCGAUUUCUGGAAAUGUCGUAUGACACGAAUGAACUCGUUAGUGAGCGAACUACGCCGUCAGGAUAUUCAGAAUGUGAUCGUGGCCUUACAAAGUGCUCGUUCCAAAGCAAUGGAGAAAUGGAUUGAUUUGGACAAAAAAGUAACCAAUGCCUAUAAUGAGGCAAAAGAAAAUGUGAAGUUCCUAUCCACGGUCGAGAAGUUAUGCGUCCCAUUGAAUCACACAAAUCUGAAACUGAUGUUAAAGAAAAUGCCAAAUCUGCUGAAAGCGCUGGCCUUGAUCUAUCAGCAUUCCACCUUCUACAACACGUUUUCUCAUAUGACCGUCCUGUUUGUCAAAGUGAGUUCAAUUCACCUUUUAAAUCGCUGUCCUUUUCUGUAUGCAUUGUUUUUUCAUCAACUGGUCACUUACCCUGGUUGCGACGGUAGUGAUGAAACGCAUUUGGCUAUUUUGCUAAUAUUUAUCGAUCCUGCAGCUUUCAAUUUUUAA